CGCUCGUGCUCGCCUCUCCUUUCGCAGCAUCAGUCUCUGCACGUCGACGACCCUCUGUUUACGCAAUUUUCUCUGCUCGGCUCGACACUUGGCACCGUCCUGAGCUGGAUAUAUACUGUCUCGGUCAUUCGCGCCUUGUUCGCGUCGGGCAUGCUGCCUAUCUCCGUGCUCGGACAUUGCUUACGCUGGCGACGCCGCAACUGCUGAUUUGUGCGUCUCGCUGCCGAGCCUGCACCCGUUUUCUCGCAUCGGAUAUGACACCCGCCGCGACGUUGAUUGACCGUGUGCGCUCCGGCGUAUCAGCCGUCGAGCUCGUUCACACAUCGCAUGAGCGGUGGCCGCUGCCUCGGUCAUCUAUGGCUCUCCCUCUCCGGAUAUCGGUACUCGACGCGUCUUUCAAUCCUCCGACCCUCGCUCAUCUAGCCCUCGCCAAUGCACCUUGCCCAUACCCGAUCGUCUCAGCCUCCGCUACAGCGCGAGAUGUGCAUGACUAUGAUGCGAAACUCCUGCUGUUGUCAGUGCGCAAUGCCGACAAGCAUCUGAAGCCCGGGGAUGCGGGCUACAUUCAGCGGCUUGAGAUGAUGACCUUGCUCGCCAAGGACAUCAUCCGGGCACGUAUCCGGGAUGAUCAUACGUCCGACCUCGACGCUCCUGCCGUCCCUCACGAUAAUGUGGCGGUCGCCAUCAUUGAUGAGCCGACGUUCGUCGGCAAGUCCAGAGCUCUGCUUCAAUAUUUACGGCAGCGCGUGUCAUUCCUCGUCCAUAGCUCACCGGUGGCGCUACAGAGUCAGGGCAUGCCCGACGCUAUGCCGGACCAUGUCACCCCGCAACUCACAUUCCUCCUAGGCUAUGCUUGAUUCGCUUCACCGAUUCUUCGCAACGGAUGGAGAUAAUGCCAGAGUUGUUUGCGCACAUCGUUCUUCGCCAAGUUCUCUUCACGAGGAUGACGAAGGGAGCCG